AUGUCAAGCCCUACAAAUCAUGUGACAUGUAAUAACUCCCAGAAUGCACUGCACCUUCACUGCCGCACCCUAAGUUUCUUACUGUCAGGGGAAUCAAAUCAAAAUUUUCAAAAUGAAGGACCCACUUACAGGUUCAACAUAUCAGAAAGUGUAUCAAGACUUAAAGAAUAUCUCUAAAACUGGAGAGAGUUUUAUAAAAUCCCUUAUGUCUACACUGCAGCAAAGGUCUAACUUGGAACUGAGUUACGCAAAAGGACUUGAGAAAGUUGCAAACAAGCUGACAAAAGCUCUUGAAAACAACAACAAAAAUUGUAUUAAUAAUGCAUGGACGUGUGCUUCAGAAGAAAUGAGGACAACAGCUGAAGUGCACAAAAAACUAGGGACUGCAAUCCUGGCUGAAGCCAUAAAGCCAACAAAUCAAGUUUUGGAAGAGCACGACAAGAGAAGGAAAAAACUAGAUAAUGAAGUUGAAAAGAUGGCAAAUUCUGUUUUACACAACUGGAAACAACAAAUAAAGGUCAAGAAAAAAUUAAUGGAUCACACUAAGAAACAUGAAGCACUUUUCCAUCAUGCAGAAAACGGCAAGGAAUCUGCAAAUGAAAAGGAUAAGCAAAAGCUUCUCAAUAAGCUGAAAAAAUCAACAGAACUUCUGAUAAAAAUAGAUGAUGAAUAUUACAAAGAAAAUGUUACUGGGCAGGCUAUAAGACUGAAGUGGGAAAAUGUAUUGGAAAAUUGUUAUAAGAGUAUUCAAGAUCUUGAAAAAGAAAAAAUACAGCUGCUAUCCCAGAUUCUUACUCGGUACAACCAGCAUGUAUUAACCUUCGGACAAACACUAAACAAGUCUCAGACCCAAAUUGACCAAGCAAUAAAAAGUAUUGAUGUUGAGAAAGAUAUUCAGACGUUCUUGGAGGAAACAACCAUUUAUUCUGAAGACAACAAAUCAGAAUUUCUAUUGUUAGAUUAUUAUGAAGAAGAUGGUUCAUGUAUAAUGGAUAAAGACAGAAGAGUAGCUUCCUUGGAAAUGAAAACACAGAGAAUUCAGCAAGACAUAGAAAAGGCUUCACGAGACAAAGAGGGUUUGGAAAAGAUGAUGAAAGCCUACACAGAAAAUCCAGCAUUUUCAGAUUUGAAAAAUGAAGAUGACACAAGUCUAAUCUUAGAAGAGACAAAUUUAAAACUCAACCUCUUAGAAGCAAAUAACUUCAAACUUGCAUUAGCACUGGCAGAGCUGCAAAAGAAACCACUACCAAAACAUCCUUGUAGCGAGUGCAUAACUAAAUGGAAAGAAAAGGGUUGCCAGCAUUGCUCUGUGCAUAUAUCCCGCUCCAUAAAUAUGCAAAAAAUCAGAAGCUCCAACAGUAAGAGGACACCUACCAGGCAAAGCUCUAACUUAAGUAGCAAAGUUGCCAAUGAAUAUGAAAAUUUACAGGACUCCACUGAUCACCCACAGAGACCACCCAGAGGUUCAGGAAUAAGACUUUCUAAAGACCAGAAUAACUUAGUGAAAGCUGAUUUGAGCACUCCAAAUGAUGAAACUGGUGAACAAGACCAAGGAUCGUACUUAGUUUUAUACCCAUAUGAGCCUCAAAGACAAGACGAACUCAGCUUGAAGAAAGAUGAUCAUCUUAUAGUUCACCGUAAGGACGACAGCGGCUGGUGGCUGGGUACCUUAAAUGGGAAAAAAGGAUAUUUCCCUUCUACAUAUGUAAAAGAACUCAACUCAGAUAAUUCUUCAUCUCAGGCAUAGAGGAAAUUCAGUUGUAUAAUGCAAUAUCCACAGCAUUCUUGAAACAUUUUUUUUUAACAAAUUGAUUUUAAAGUGAUAUUGUACACACAGAGAAGCACACUCUCAGGAAUGAAUAACCAGCUCAAUAACUUGUUAGCUUGUUCUAUGGAGAUUUACCACCUGGGUGCAGCUUCUUUUUAGCCAAGUAAUGCUUUUCACAGAGUAGAACUUCCCUGUAGUAUAUCAGUCUGAUCCUACUUAUUAAAGAGAUAGUAAACCCCAAAAUUUUCUUUUAUGAUUCAGAUAGAACAUACAAUUUUAAACAACGUUCCAAUUUAAUUCUAUUAUCAAAUUUUCUUCAAUUUCUUGUUAUCCAUUGCUGAAUGGACAGCAUUACACUACUGACAGGAAGCCAAAAAUAUCUAUUUAGCCAAUCACAAAAGACAAAUGUGUGCAAGCACCAAUUAGCAACAGCUCCCACUAGUGUAUGGUAUGUGCAAAUUCAUUUUUUAACAAUGGAUACUAAGAGAACGAAGCACAUUUGAAAAUAGAAGUGAAUUUAAAACUGUCUUAAAAUAACAUGCUCUAUCUGAAUCAUGCAAGUUAAUUUUGACUUUCCUAUCCCUUUAAGGUCAGCCCAGCACCGAAAGACCUGGCAAUUCCUCUUUGAACAAGGAACAUGGAACAUGGAACCCCAGACAAUCGUUUAGGCUUUCAUUAGGCCCCGUCAGUGAGGUGCAGCCAUAUUCCUCUAAGCACCCUGAACAAGGAGUUUGUCUGCUUGCCCCUUUUUCCCUUAGAGAGACAUAAUACAAACAGAGAGAAUGAACAACUAGCUCAAUAACUUGAAGGACAAAAGGAUCGUCUGAGGUUGACAUGUUCUUUGUUUAGAGAGGGAUUGCCUGGUAUUUGGGGGGCUGAACUGACCUCACUAGGUGGGAUCAGACUGAUAUACUUAGGAAAGUACUUCUCUGUGAAAAGCAUC